ACGUAAAACGCUUUACCGAGCACUGUCAAAAGCAUUUUUCAUUUUUCCGAGCAAAAUGUCUUUCAAUCCUUUCCCUAUUGGCACCCAAUUGCAUGUGGAGACCUGCUUUGGGGAUAUCAUAAUCGGCGAGGUGGUCACCUACGAGCACAGCGUCAAAAUGUUGAUAUUAAGCUCCCCGAAUAAGGACAAUCAGACCAUUGUGAAUUUAGACUUUUGCAAGAGCUUGAAAAUAAUAGGCGAGGCCAAGGCAGCAGAUAAGCUGAGCGAGCAGCCCGCUCGCCUCAAUUUGACGCGCUUGGAUCAGCGCCUGCGGCAGACUGUGGAGCAACGUGAGCAUGUGCUGCGCAGCCGCAACGAGCAUGCCACACCACGUGGCAUAAAAUUGUAUAAUGUGCUCUCCAAGCACUUCGGCAACAGCGAGCUCUCCUGGAAGCUGAACGACAUAAUAGUGCUCCAACAGGUGAUUAUUGCGCCGCCCUAUCGCACCUGCGAUAUCAGCAGCAAGCAGCCACUGCCGAAGCUCGUCAGCUACGUGCAACGUCUCGUGGAGAAGUUCAAUGCACAGAACGUUGAGGUGCAGGAGCCGGGGGACAACAAAUAGAGCAGGCAACGACACUGAUAUCAUCGACCGGGACACUUGGCAACGAAAUCAAAGCAAAUAUAUGUAGACACAUAAACACAAUUUAUACAUGCAUAUUUAUAUAUGUACAUUUGUACAUCUAGUUGCCUGGCAAUUUGUUUGUCAACAAAUAAUAAGAAAACACAUUUCCAAAUAUACAAAAAAUAAGUCUGUAUCGCCAACACACGUUUGAAUGUACUUGGAGCAUCAUUAUAUAGUAUAUUUCAACUAGCUAUAUAGUUAUAUAUAUAGUCUCUCUAGCGCCAUGGCUGAUGACGAUGAUAAACCAAAGAAGCAUACGAUCGACUCGCUCUUUCGCAUUUACUGUAAUCAUAAGUUGUCUAAUUUAUAUUUGAACCGCCUGUGUUCAGGUGAUUGGGUCGGACCUAGAAAACCAGGAAUUCCAUAGUAUUCUGCUCUCGCAACUUGACUGCUGGCUGGAGCAGGCCAAGCUGA